AUGGGUCACAAGGACAAGAUAAGUCUCCCCCGCUUGAGCUCUCCCUUAACACAGCUCAAGUCACACUACGAUGCGAUUGUGGUCGGUUCAGGAUACGGAGCAGCGAUUGCAGCUUCCCGUCUGGCCCGUAUGGGCAAGCGCGUCUGCAUCCUUGAGCGAGGCGAGGAACGUUGGCCUGGCGAGUACCCCGAGGAUACUUUGGAGGCGGCGAUGGAAGUGCAGUUCAAUGGCGAGCAUGGCCAUGAGGGCAAGCGGACGGGUCUUUAUGAGAUCCAUAAGAAUAAGGACCAGUGGGCCUUUGUUGCUUGCGGCUUGGGAGGAACAUCGCUGUUGAAUGCCAACACGGCCUUGAGGCCAGAGCCCCGUCUCUGGAACGACAAGGCCUGGCCCGAAGAGAUCACUCAGGACAAGGAACUUCUCGAGCAAUCCUUCCAGCACGCCAUCGACAUGCUCCAGCCUACUCCUUACCCCGAAGACUGGCCCGUCCUCCCCAAACUCGCCACUCUCGAGGCUCAGGCCAAGGGUGCAGGCGCCCACGACAAAUUUGUCCGCCCACCCAUCACCGUCCACUUCAAGGACGAACUCAACCCCGCUGGAGUCCACCAAAAGGCCAGCACCCUCACCGGCAACGAUACCACAGGAAUCAACGACUGGAGCAAAAACACCACUCUCCUCAACUACAUCCCCGACGCCUGGAACCACGGUGCCGAGAUCUAUACCUCCUGCAACGUUGUCCGCGUCGAGAAGGCCAAGAAGAAAUCCCACCAACCCGGACCCUACGUGGUCUACUUUGAGUGGCAGGAUGACAGCCGUGCCGUCUUCUUGCAUGAGCACGGUGCCAACAUUGCGCCCAUGUUUAUCACCGCCGACAUUGUUGUCUUGGGUGCUGGUGCUCUGGGCACUACUGAGGUAUUGUUGCGUUCGGCCAAGUGUGGACUCAAGACCUCUGACCAGUUGGGCAAGCAUUUCAGUGGAAACGGCGAUUUCCUCGCAUUCUCAUACAACGGCGAGACAUUGGUGAACGGAGUCUCGAUGGGAGACGAGGACCCCAAGGAUUUUAAGCAUGGCGUUGGCCCCGUCAUCACCGGCUUGAUCGACUACCGCGAUACCCCCAAUGUCAUGGACGGCUACGUUGUCGAGGAAGGAGCGAUCCCCUCCCAGGCUGCCUUGUUCCUCCGCACGAUCUACCAGGUCAUGAGCGAGCACUCCAGCAAGUCGCUCAAGACGGCGGAAAACCUCACCUUCCAGGAAAAGAUUCACAGGAACGCCCGUGAGCUGUCGUCGUAUGUUGCUGGUGUCUACCGCGGCGCGAUGGCCAACACCCAAACCUUCUUGGUUAUGUCGCACGACGAAGCUCGUGGAGAGUUGGCGUUGAGGGAUGAUCGUAUCCGUAUUGACUGGCCUGGUAUUGGAUCCAGCCGUGACUUCUCGCGCUUGGAUGGGCUCUUGGAGCCUCUGGCUGCGGCUGUUCGGGGUACCUAUGUUCGUGACCCUCUGACUGCUGCGACGGACGAGGCUGUUGUUACUGUUCACCCCAUUGGAGGCGCCAGUUUUGGACGCAAUGGAGCCGAAGGUGCAAUCAACCACAAGGGUCAGCUCUUCACUGGUCAGGGCGAGGAGGUCUAUGAAGGAAUUUAUGUCAUGGAUGGUGCUGUUAUGCCCAUAUCGUUGGGAGUCAACCCCUUCUUGACCAUCUCUGCCCUUGCCGAGCGCGCCUGUGCCCUUUUGGCUCGCGAUCACGGUUUGACCAUCAAGUACGCCCCCACCUUGGUCCCCCUCGACUUCAAGACCCCUCAGUUCCCUAUCGCUUACAACGAGGCGGAGGCCAACCCUGUGGCGUAUGCCUUGGCUCAGUCGCUCAAGAAGAACUCCCUCAACGAGGUUGCUGACAUUGGCGGAGAUGUCCGUGGUUUGAUUGUUGCAGAACCCUUCCCUAGCGACAGUAGCAACAGCAGUGGCAGCUCCUCGGGCGAGAAUGAGGCGACCCCCAACAGGGUCUUGCCCUCUGUCUUCUCAUCAUGGGGUGGUAACAAGAGCUCAUCCGACAAACCUGGCAGGGCCGAGAUCAAGAAGGCCGCUGCUGAGGCCAAGAAGAAGACCGGUGUUUCCUUCACAGAGUUGUUGAAGGGUCAUCUCUCGACCGUCAUCCUGACUGAGGACUUUGAGACUGCCGACAACCAGGCUCGUUCCUCGGGCUCGACCAUGAACGUCAUCUUGACUCUCUCGACGGGUCCCAUUGGAGAGUUCUUGAAGCACACUGAUCACCCUGCCAGAAUUGUCGGAACCGUCUCGUGCCGCGCCCUGUCGGACGAGCCCAUGAUGAUCGAGAGCGGUGUCUUUACCAUCUUCACCGGAACCGAGGAUGACCCUGCGGAUGAAUGUGCGAUCCUUUACAAGAUGAUUUUGCUUUGCACCUCGGGUGAGCGCUACCGAUUCGAGGGUCGCAAGCCUAUUACUUCGGGCCAUGUCCUCGAGGGCUGGAUCAAGCCUGCCAAGAUUCUGGUGACUGUGUUCAAGAUUGAGGACGGUGUCGAGACCGUCUUUGGACGCGGCAAGCUUGGAGAGCACGACGACGACUUCUUCACCCAAAUCUCUUCUUUCCGCGGCGAUAGCAACAGCCUGACGGACAACAUCAAGGCGAUCACGGAGUUUGGGGUGUCGACGAUUAGCGCAACGGUCAAGACUUACUUGCCCUUCUUGAACGAGCUCAAGUACCCCGAGGACUCGCACAAGCGCAAGGCGUACCCUCGUCAGCGUCCCCAGAAGACUGUCUUUGAUGUCCUCUCCUCCGAUGGCUUCAAGACCCGUUUGACCCGCUAUAAGGGCAAGAAGGGACCCGUCCUUCUGCUGCACGGUGCAUCGGUCAGCUCAGAGAUUUUCUCGACAGAGUUGAUCCCCCACAACCUGUGCGACUACCUCCUCGCCCACGACUACGACGUCUGGCUGUCCGACUGGCGCUGCUCCAUCCUCGUCGAGGACCACCGUCGUCAAUCCAACAUCUACGGUGGAGCACUCGACCACGCCGCCGCAAUCAAAAUUAUCCUCAAUGAGACCGGUGUCAAGAACAUCCAGGUCGUUGCCCACUGUGUCGGAUCCCUCACCCUCUGGGCUGGUCUCUUGAACGGCGACAUUGACGGUGUUGGAGCUAUCGUCUCGUCCCAAGUCGCUAACCGCCCCAUCAGCUCGACCGCUGAUCGUAUCAAGCAGUCUCUCCAGUUGGUCCCUCUCUUUGAGAAGGUCCUUGGCCAGGACGAGUUUGAUUGUGUUACCCACUCCCCUUCGGCGUCGUUGGAGGAACAAAAGGACGCCCAUGGCCUCAACACUCCCAAGAAGGUCACCCUCCUCGACCGAGCCAUCGACAACGCCCUCCGGUUCAUGCCCAUGCCCGUCCAGGAGUACUGCAACAACGCCAUCUGCCACCGAGCCUCAUUCUGUUUCGGCCUCCUCUGGGAACACGACAAGCUCUCCAAGAACAUCCACGACAACCUCGAGGAGAUCCUUGGAUCCAUCAACAUGGAGUCUCUCAAGACUCUCGUCAUGGGCUGGGCCAAGAAGCAGACUCUUACCAAUGUUGAGGGUCAGGAUCUGAGCACGCCCGAGAACUUGAAACGGUUGGAGAAUGUUCCUGUGUUGCUGAUCCAUGGUGCCAAGAACCAGGUUUUCAUUCCCGAGGCGACGUUGAAGACUAUUGAGGAGUUGAGGAACACCAAUUUGCCGAUGACCAACAUGACCUAUGACUACAAGAGUAUUUACAGGCGCGAGCUCAUCCCUGGGUAUGGUCAUUUGGAUUGUAUUGUGGGCGAUAAGGCGUAUUUGGAUGUUUAUCCUAUUAUCUUGAAGCAGUUGGAGGCUAACUUGGCCUCUACUGGCUACAACAUUGCCUCUGAGGAGUAA